GCGGCGUAGUGGCGCGCAGAGCGUGGUGUGAAGAGCCGCCAUGAUUGCGCCGAGGUUCCCGGCCACCUGAAUCACUGUUUUCCCCUCGAAUAUCCCCCUGUGUGUGUCGGAAAGCGAAAUCCAUCAAAAUGGACCGAUCGUAGGUGUCGGCCGCCUUGCUUAGCGGUGGGCUCAGCGCCGCUCGGCCCCCCCGUGAGAGUGAAUUAUGGAGUGUUUCGUGGGUGGUGUUCCUCGGCCAGGGAUCGCGUAGAGAGGCUCGGGAAAAUGAGCAAGUUCCGGGCGAGGCAGCUGGACGCCGCCAAGCCCAUCCCCGUGUUCAGGCAGGAGGACAUCCCCGACUAUGCCGAGUUCAACGCCAUCAACCGCACGGUGCCCCAGAUGCCCACGGGGAUGGAGAAGGAGGAAGAGACGGAGCAUCACUUGCAACAGGCCAUCUUCCACCAACGCAUCAUACCGGUGCCAGAAGUAUAUGAUGCAUGCCCCGAAGACUCCUCCGUCCUCGACAGAAUCUACCCUCCCACGUAUAAGGCUCCCCGACAGCUAAUCCACAUCCAUCCAUUCUCGGCGGACCAAGAUAUCCCUGAGUAUGACAUGGACUCUGAGGACGAGGCGUGGCUCAGCCAGCAUGCCGCCAAGGGGGAGGUGCCUCUCACCAACCUUCAGUUCGAAGAGAUGAUGGAUAGGCUGGAAAAGGCAUCUGGGCUGAAGGCUGUGACGCUGCAGGAGGCCAAGGUGCUUCUCAAGGAUGACGACGACCUCAUCAUUGCCGUUUACGACUACUGGCUCAAUAAGAGGCUGCGACUAGCGCACCCACUAAUUCCACAGGUCAAGACAGAGAAGGGCUCUGGAUCCAAUUCCAGUGACCCAUAUGUGGCUUUCCGCAAGAGAACGGAAAAGAUGCAGACCAGGAAGAACCGCAAGAAUGAUGAGUCUAGUUAUGAGAAGAUGCUAAAGCUGCGGAGAGACCUUUCCCGUGCUGUCACCCUCCUUGAGAUGGUCAAGCGAAGAGAGAAGGCCAAGAGAGAGCACCUCCACCUCAACAUUGAAAUUUUUGAGAGGAGGUAUGAAAUGCAAGACUUCUCGGGUUCAGUUUUGGCGGAAGUUAGUGCACUGCGGACCCAGAGACCGGCCUUUGCGCCCCUCUUCUCCAAUCACCAACUGUCAUCUGGAACCACUGCUGCUAGUGCAACGUCUAGCAGCACGUGGCUCAAAGUUGCACCUUUGUCACAUUCCAGCAAAGUGAGUAAAAAAAGAGAGGAUGGAAAGCGAGAACGGCGGUCCUAUCGAAAACGUCCGCGACGGCACCACGGCCAAAUCUCUUCCUCCGCUUCGUCCACGCCCCCCACGCCUCAACUCACCCCCACGUACACCCACCCGCCUGAUCCCUAUACCAUUGCUUCUACGUACCCUCAGGACUCCCUAACAUAUGCGGCUCCCAGCUCAGAGGAUGAGGUCGCUUCACCCUCCCCUUCAGAAGCAGAGGAAGAAAAUGAACCAGAUGGUGUCUUCACAUUUAGAAGGAAAAAAUUUACUAAUUAUCAUGCGCCUAAGGAAGGUAACUGGCCUUGGGUCCCACCGAGUGAAGGUGGAGGUGGAGACCCGAGAUUUAGAUUUUCCCUCACCUCCUUGGCACAUCCUGCUCGUCGGUGUAUAGGCUUUGCCCGCAGGAGAGUUGGCAGAGGUGGCAGAGUAUGGAUAGACAGAUUAAGCACUCCCUUAGAUGACCUGUGGUCCAAGACAGACUUCAGAAGUGUGGGUCCCAAUGGCCUCACAGCAACCAAUGACUUCUUGCAUGAGGUCAAAACUGAAUGGCCGCACUUCUGUCCAAGCUCUCCUCCCGAAGACAACGACACUGAUGUGGAAAUUGAUGUGGAAACUGUAGGAGUCCCGGUUACCUUAACUCCGGAUGUGAACCUCAAUUCAGCCUCAUCCCCAGAGGAGCUGAAUUUGGCGUCUGCGGUGCCAUCAUCCGUCUUCAUCACGGCGGAGGUCAUGGAUGGGGAUGCCAUGGGCAAUAUAACAGAAUUAGAAGUGUCAAUACCUUCAGACUUAGACACGUUACUUAGUGGGGACUCCGGUGUGAUAAUCGGGGAGAAUUUAGAAGUGGAUCUUGUGACAGACAAUAGUAGUCACGAUGGGAAAAGUGGCAGUGGGACUAAUGGUGGCUCCAGCAGCAGUAGUGGUGUGACUUACCAUGAUCUCGCAAGCAGUGAAUGGGCAUCAAAUUUCAGUAGUACAAGUGACAGGCAACAGCAACAUUCCGUAGACUUCACCACGCAACCAACAUCCAAAUUCAUGACCCUGGACUCGACUAACACGCUUCCCUUGGCAGUAUCGGGACUGCAACUUAGUACAAGCAAUGUGACGGGUGACGAGAUGCAGCCUUCGUCUUUACCCUCCUCCUCUUCCUCCUUCCCAGCAGCAACCUCCUCUUCAGCAUCAUUAUCUUCCACUUCCUCCGCAUCCUCCUCCACCUCUUCUUCCUUGCCGCCCUCGUCAUCUGCGGCAGCAACAUCCUCCUCCGUCUCCUUUUCUAUUUCCUCAGCAACUAGUCUAAGUAACAGCUUACAGUGUGCCUCCUCUAGCAGUGGUGUGAGUGACAAGGUUGGCAGCGAGUGUUCAAACAGUGAAAGUAGCGGUGGCAAUGGCCAAGCGAUAACGUCACAGCACCAGGACUCCUUGUCUGCGGAUGCGUCGUGUGUACCCAGUGGACUUCAUUUAUCUAAUAAUAAAAAUAAUGGUAGCAAUGUUAUAAGUAGUUCAACUACAAAUAAUCUGGUGUCUCAAAAAUUGUUCGCUUCAACAACUCGGACAAACGAUAGCUUACCAAACAGUGACAGCAAUAGUAGUGCAGCAGUGUUUACCAACGGGCCGAGCAACUCCUUGGACAGCUCUAAAUGUGCUAAGCUGGACCAUUACAUGUUCCACGAAACUUGAACUUUGUCCUGAAAAUUAACAAAUGCCAUGAAAAAUUUUGUUUUCGAUUUAAUUCAUGUCUUUAACUUAUUUUUAUACGGAAUGCACAAGGAAAAUAAUAAGAUGUGUUGAUUAUUCCAUGUCA